AAUUUUAAAAAUUGUUUGAAAAAUAUUUUUAAAAUCAAGGAUUAUUUCAAGCGCAACUGGUCGACUCAUAUUUUGCAGGUGUGAAAGGAUCAACUACCCUGUAGUUUCACUUGGCCGGCCUCCACACUGGGCUGGACGAGGGUAAGAUGGUUGACCAAAGAGGUGGAGGAAAAGGGGCUAACCAGUCCUGCCAGUGUCCGGCCGGUGUUUUCUCUCUGCUUAGCUGGAAGCUCCCAGCGCUCAGUGCCGCCUGGCCCAGGUCUAGCUGGGACCCCGGAGAGUGACACCUCCCCACGGUCCCACUGUCCCCGCCCCCUCAGCCUGCUCCGGGCCCGCUUCCACUCACAAGGAACCACCUACCGCGCGCCGGCUCCUUGGCUAGGGCUCCCAGACUACCAGAUAGGACACGGCGCCACCACCGAGCAGAACGGAAAGAGCGGCUUUUUGCGACUUCCGGAGGAAGCGGAAGCUAUACCGGAAGUAGCGGGGCGGGUCAAAGGAGGUGCGGUAUCGAAAGCUCAUGGCGGCUUUGGCAUUAGGGUUGGGCCCGGUUACGUGGCCCCGGGGUGGUCAACUUUGGCGUCUCCUUCCUCGUGGAAUCGAGCGUUGGGUCCUGGAGGAGAGAACUGCGAGAGUCUUGUGGAGGCAGUGCUGCGCGCGGCGGGAGGCGGUGCGGCUGGCCUCCAGGCUCCCUGGCUGCAGCUUGGGAAGCCGGCCCUUAAGUACCACUGUACCGCCAUCCCCUGGGUCGUCAGGUCCGGAGCCGAAGGACCGCAGAGAUCCCACGCGCCCCUCCAAACCCGGGCCUGUUUCCUGGAAGUCUUUAGCAUUCACAUUUGCUAUUGGAGGAGCUUUAUUGGCUGGAAUGAAGUACUUCAAGAAAGAAAAGACAGAGAAGCUGGAGAAGGAACGGCAGCGAAGCAUUGGAAAGCCUUUACUUGGGGGACCAUUUUCCCUCACAACUCAUGAAGGAGAACCCAAAACUGACAAGGAUUACCUGGGUCAGUGGGUAUUGAUUUAUUUUGGUUUCACUCAUUGCCCUGAUAUCUGUCCAGAAGAACUAGAAAAAAUGAUUCAUGUCGUGGAUGAAAUAGAUAGUAUUCCAUCUCUGCCAAAUUUAACUCCACUUUUUAUCACCAUUGACCCAGAGAGGGACACAAAAGAAGCCAUUGCAAAUUAUGUGAAAGAAUUUUCUCCCAAACUGGUUGGUUUGACUGGCACAAAAGAAGAGAUUGAUCAAGUAGCCAGAGCAUAUAGAGUAUAUUAUAGCCCUGGCCCCAAAGAUGAAGAUGAGGACUACAUAGUGGAUCAUACUAUAAUAAUGUACUUGAUUGGACCAGAUGGUGGGUUUCUAGAUUAUUUUGGACAAAACAAGAAGAAUGCAGAGAUAGCUGGCUCAAUUGCUGCACAUAUGAGGGCACACAUGAAAAAGAGCUAGCCAGAGCAGCAUUGUGGAUGUUGUUCUCUUGCCAAAGAGGACAGAAGCUUUGUCUCCCAUAGGAGCCAGUAUAUAUAAUGUGCAGCCUACAGGAUGGCCUUCAUGCCACAAGAACAUCUGUAUUUUAUAUGAGGUGUUCGCCUUGAGUUCAGCCAAUAUUCUUGGAACUGUGAAGAUUACAACCCAGUAUCCCAGGUAACUACCGUGCAUCCAGAGGACCAGGUUAAAAUGAAGGCAAUAGAGAGCAGAGGUCCCAGAAGGACAUUGCAGGGAGAGGCACACUGGAACAACUUCAAAAACAGGGCCCUUGGAGCAAUAUCGCCACCUCUAUGGUGUGUUGGACCCUUCCUUGCUCAUACAGAUCCUGGGACUGAAUUUUACAGAAAGAAGUGCAAUUUCAUAGUGCCCUUGCUUUUCCUCGCCUUGAACUCUUGGUGGCUGUUAAUAUUCAUGUUCAGUGCUCUGCCAUUCAGGGCUAAAUUUUAUACUUGAAAGCAAAAUCUUACUCUUCCUUGUUAAUGAACAUCACUCUCAGUUUUACAUUUCAUUCAUUCCUCGGUCAGCAGAUGCCAGUUUGACUAGUUAAGAGGAAUAAUCUGUCAUUUGGACUAAACUGUUAGUUCAUUUCCUAUAGGGGUCUUUUUGGUUUUUUUAAAGCUUAAUGAUUUUGCCAGGUUUUCAGUGAUGUACCAAAUGAAAACCAGAGGACAUAGAUACUAGAUGUGGUGCAGACUAUUUUUCUGCAUGUUCCACAUUGCACUGAGUGUAAAAUAAAAAUACAUUUAGCUUUCCAACUUGAACAAGCAUGACUUUUCUCCUGGGUAAAGAGUGGGUGCCUAGGAGACAGUACACAUCUCUCAGGCAGGGACCUAUAGACUCAGGUGGGUGCAUGUUAGAACAUUGGCUCCCAGGGCUAUAGCUGCAUUCCUAACAGAAAUCCCUGCUGACUCAGAUGCUGGGGACUACACCUGCACUAAGUGUUUAAUAAAGAAAUAAUAAUAACUUGGCCAUCCUUUGGUAUAUCUGUUGGCUGUUCAAGAAAAUGAUCUUUGAGUGAUGACAUGAAUUUUGACUUUUGUUUUUAAAUUUGACUUCCCUGGUACCAUGUUUGCCCAUCACUAUUUUCUUUUUGAAGCUGCUGCUCUAGGCCAAGUUCUCUGAAUAUUUUUCAGUAAGUCCUAAGCUGCAACAAGUAUAAUGCCUAGUUGGAAAAGAGAUUCUUUUUACACAUCAGUUAUGUUUUAUAUACACAUGCUGUAGCCCUGUCUUUUGGCUUUUAAAUUCUCCAUACUUGGGUCAAAUCUAAUAGAAGUAUUUAUCAUAGUGAAGGAAAACAAAAACUGUAGUUAAAACUGAAUCGUGUUUCUAAGAUUAGUAUGUCAUAGUACUAACCACGGAAUUUCAGAAUGUGAUUGUAUCUGGAGAUAGUUGUGAAGAAGGUAAUUAAAAUGAGGCCGUUUGGGUAGGUUCUCCAUUAGCCAAUAUUACCAAUGUCCUUAAUAAGAGAUAGGAACACACAUGCAUAAGACCCUUUGAAAACAAAAAAGAUGGUCAGAGAGAGAGGUCUCCAGAAACCAACCUGACACCUUAUUCUUGGAGCUCCAAGCUUAGAACUCUUAAGUAACUAAGUAAGUAAAUAAAUGUGUAAACCACUCAGUGUGUGGCAUUUUGUUAAGGCAGUCCUGGGAAACCAAUGCAAUAGCCCAUUCCUUAAUAAACAACUACAAGUAGUUGGUUUGGAAUGACUUUCUCAGGAAUCUUAUCAAGAAAGUUAGGAGGAACUUAUUAAAAGACUAGUCUCAUAUAACAAGACAUAUUAAAUAUCUGAGAUGCCAAACAUUUAGAAAGAUGGCCUGUUUUAAGCCCCAAGCCAUUUGUGUGGCUCACUUUGCAGCAAGCUUGCUCUUGGAUAAACUGUGGACUUCAUUCUCAGCUGUUGCCCUGUUAGAGCUUGUGUAAUGAUCCAGAAAGGGAACAGCAACUUUUUUGAAGAAAUGUUUCAUUUGCUCUUCAUUCCCAUGUCAAGUUUAAAGUCAAGAUGAUAAAACCAGGAAAGAGGGCCCCAGAAAUUUUUACUCAUGAAGUGUCCACUCUAGAUAAUAAAGAUGUAUCACUCAGGUCCUUGCUUGUUCCACGGCUAUGGUGUGCAUAUGGUUACCAUGUGAAUUCAACCAAAACUGCCGGUUCCACUCAGCAGAACAUCCUCUCAGUUGUGCCUCUUGGGGAAAUAAAAGUCAAGACUGCCUGUCAGUGGAUUCUCACUUGACAGUCUUUAUUUGAGUGUUUUCACUGGACUCAAAUGGAAUUAAUAUUGCAAAAAAGGCUCUUCGUUGAUUUGAAAAUCAUAAGAACCCUGUCAAUGGAAUAGGCAUGAAAGUACUUAAUGCACAUGGGUUUAUGAGGCAACUGAUUCCUUAGGUAUGUGUAAGAGCUGAGAUUUAUUGGGAGACUGAUAGGAAUCCGAGAACAUGAUAUGAAAUUGUACUGUGUUUACAUAGGAUUUAAGAAUCUCAUUUGGAACAUAAGGUUAAAAGAAAUUAAAAUUUUCAACCAUAAUCUCCCUUCAUUUUUUUACGUACAAAAAAUUAAAUUGUGUGUGUGUGCAUUGCCUUUAAAAGACCAGUUGUUCAUGCAAGCAUUUUUCAUCCAUUUAGUUUAUACUUUGUACUGGUAGUUACAAGUGACAUUACUCUGAUGAUAUGGGUAGUUACUCCUGUUACUAAUGAUAGGUGCAAGUUAAUAAUCUCUAGCCAUGUCUUCAUUAAUAACACUUUUACAAAUUAAGAGGUAAUUAUUUUAUUUUCUAAAUGUAUUUAUAGCUCGUUCAUUCUGCUUUCAUAAUUAUACCAUAGCCUCAAUAGAGAAAGUUUGGACUAUAUAAAAACUUGAGAGAGGAACACUUAAAAUCACUGUUGUUCCACUAUGAAGAAAUACUAUCUGGAUGCAUUUCCUUUCAGUCUUCAGCAUUUUUAAAUUAGUCUUUUUUUGUACCAGAAGUUCACAAAGCAUUCCAUUAAAACAAUUAGACAUGAUAUAUGGAGCUCAAGUCUCUUGUGUCCCCUAUUCUAGACCCCUCCUCAUAGGUAACUCCUGUUUUGUGUUUGGUGUGAAUCUUCUCACAACAUUUAGAAUCCACUUAGGCUGGAUUCCCAGGCUCGAGUUUUACUACUAAGACUUAGUGAAAAGUUAUUACAUGGCACACUGAUAUUGCUCAGUUUUUAUAAUGACUGGUUUUGGUAAGUAUUGAAGGUCUCCCUCUCUCUUGCCAAGGCUAGGUAGUGGGUAGUUCGCAAGGUAAAUUUUGAUUUUCCCCUCUCCCCAAUGUGCACACACCCACCAGAGUGCAUAGGAUGAUUGCUCAAGAAACAGCAAAAAGCCCAUCAUGACUCAAGUCAUGGGAGAUCAUGAUUCAGUUUUAGCUACAGUUUUUGUUUUCUUUCACUCUAAUAAAAAUACUUCUAUUAGGUUUAACACAGUACUGAGAAUUUAAAAGACAAAAGGGAAUCCAAAACAUGAAAGUGAGAAGAGUCCAGGAGCCACAAUCCAGAGGACUCUCUGGGAAUCACUGCACUUAAGUGUUGGGAGAAGCCCUGGAACAACUGAGAACAGGACCCUAACCCAGUCCAUCAGUCCAAGGGGCUGUUAUGGUUUGAAUAUGAGGUGUCCCCCCAAAAGCUCAUGUGUGAGACAGUAUGAGAAUUUCAGAGGAGAAAUGAUCAGAAUAUGAGAAGUGUAAUCAGUGUAUGAAUUUGCUGAUGGGUUUUAACUAUAGGCAGGUAGGGUGUAGCUGGAGGAAGUAGGUCACUGGGGAUGUGCCUCUGAGGUUUGUAUUUAAUUCCUCGUGGGCAGUUCUCUACUUCCUGGCUGUCAUGAAUUUAGCUGCUUUCCUCUAUCCUGCCCUUCCACAUGAUGGUCUACCUUGGGGGUCUGAGCUAUCACAUUAACUGACCAUGGAUUGAAACCAAGACAAAAUGAAACUUUUCCUCAAGUUAUUCUUUUGGUCUUAGCAACAAAAAGUUGAAUAAAGCAGGAACCCACUGUGAUGAUUGCUUGGAUUCGAUUCACUUAGAAGUCCAAGAAUGCUAAUGUUACCCUUCAAAUGUGAUCUUGAAAAGUCACUUAUGCCGUGUACUAUUUCAUGUGAACAUUUAAUUGACAGAAAACUUGAGUUUUCUUAAUUGUGGAGAUUUUCCAGCCUAUUCAAAGAAUAAUAAGUUUAAUGAGCUUGAUACACCCAUCAGUACUUAUCAACACAGUGACCGAUCUUGUUUCAUCUAUACUUCCAUCUACUCCCUCCACAGUUCAGUCCCAGCAUAUAUUCUCUAAAAGAGACCAACUCUGUCUUUUAAUAACACAACCACAAUCCCAAUAUCAGGCCAAAAAACUGUUAUUGAUUUCCUUGUUUGUAUUAGCUUUCUGUUGCUGUUACAAAAUAACUUGGGAAAAUAAAAUGAGAAUUUUUUAUUUUUG